AGGUGCUGGCAGUACGGUGCCCUUUCGUUGAGCACCAUGAGUCAAACUCUCGUACACACCUAUCCAGUUGAUAUGCCAGUUCAAGAUUACAGUGAACUGAAUUCGGAUGAAUAUCUUUUAAAUCUCCAGUCAAACGUCAGUCCCCUAGUUUUUAAAUGUCCUCAAGGAACAGAGGUGAAAGUCACACAUGACAACUUAGGCCAGCUGUCACUGUUUGGUGAAGAGGACUCUCCAUGGUCUCAUCUGGCUCUCCAUGCUCCAGGAGAUGAAACUCAAGUGGUUGCACUGUACCUCCAUGGGAAAUGGUGGCCUGUUGGUGAUGUUUUAAAGACCUCAGACAAAUCCAGAUCUGGACUUGUAGUGGUGGAGUCAGUUAUGGAAAGAGUGGUGCUUUUCCUGUUAAGUCAGGUUAUUUUUGGGAUUCAGGAGAGACCUCAAGAAGAACACAUGUACUUCUCCCCACAUCCUAUUUGGGAAUUCUGCAAAAUUUUAUGGCUUGAUGGAGAAGCUGUAGGAUUCUACUCUGUCAAGAAGAAAGGUAGCCUAUGUGAUGGGUAUACUGGUCAGAGUUACCUGCUUCCUGUGCUUGAUACCAUGUUUGUUCGGACACACUGGAGGAGGAAGGGGCUAGCUUUGCGGAUGCUGGAGGAUUUCUGUACAUCUCUAUCUGAGCAGGCUCUAGGAAUUAGCUUCCCUGUAUCUCCAAGCAUGUAUGAGGUGUGCAGGAAGUACCUGGAGAUCCACCAGGAAGAAAGAGAUCGUCUGUAUGAGGUGGAGGCCCCUGGAGAUUGGAGUCAGAGACGCAACGUGUGGUUAAGCAUACAGCUUCAGAAGGGCCCUACAAUCACAAAAACAGCACAAUGUCCAGACACAUUGUCCAGUCACAGGAGGAGAGAGCUACUGUCACGUGGAAAGACCACUGAUGGAAAGUUGGAGAAGAAAGAUUCUUCUACCACUGUCAUCAGAGCGAGUGACCUCCACAGGGGCGCUGGGGAGAAGCGACCGGCAGACAAGGCAGAAGGAACAGUGGGCUCCAAACAAGCAAAGACAAUCAACUAAAGAGCACAACAUUUAUCUGCAUUGAAAAGACUUAAGGCCAUACUUUAUUAAAUGUUUCAUCUGUCUUUUUCAAGGUAUGCAGUGGCAUUUAAAGAAUUCAGAGGAAUGGGUUUUGAAAACCAUAGUACUGAAAUGCUAGCUCUUUUUACAUCAGGGAUGAUUACGGGUUAUUCAGUUCAGUUUAUUCUGAAAGGCAUCGAAAAACUGUUCAGAUGUCAGUAUGAUAUUACAACAUUCCAUCUGGUUGACUCAGAGUGCUCAAAUGAAACUUAUUAACAUUUAUAUAUUAACAUAUUGUCAUUUUUGAUUUACGGACAAUAAUUUGUGCUCAGAACAUAUGAUGAGUGAUAGGAUGAUUACAGAAGUGAUCUAGUAGUGUUGAGUUUUAAGCAGGUACAUUGAGAAUGUGAGUAAGCCCACUGCAUAUCCACCUCACCAAGCACCCCUUUACAAGUGUUAUUUAAAGGUAACAAAGAGAUGGAGGAUAGAUCAUUAAGCUAACUGGGGUAACAACUGUUCAUGUAGUGUGUGAAUGUAUAUAAGAAUAAUCAAAAAUGAUUUGUCAACUUC